AUGUUAAACCCUGGUAGAGCCGUAGAGGGUUUAGAAGCAGAGGCGAUGUGUUUGUUGGUACUUGGUCGAGAUUGGACAGCACAAAACAACAAAGCUACAAUGACUGUUCACUCACAUAGAUUCUCGUUUGAUGGAUGGUGGGCCAUUUACUAUAAACGGUCCACUGCCACACAAACUCCCCGCCUUCGCACAUGCGGCGGGGUAUCCAAAAGCAUUCCCGUAAUAGCCCUGAGGAAGAGGAAUUCCACUGCGGCUCUCCGCCGCGGUAACCACACGAAAGCGUUGCGGUUAAUGAAGAAGUCCUGUUCCCGCCAUGAGAACUCAGCUUAUGUGGCCCUGAUUCACCGUGUACAAGGCACUGUAUGUGUGAAAGUGGCGUCGAUCAUCGAUGAUUUGAACUCGAAACAACGGCAUUUGAGGAACGCACUCGAAUCAGCAAAGAAAGCCGUGGAGUUAUCGCCUAACUCGAUGGAAUUCGCGCACUUUUACUCGAAUCUAUUGUACGAGGCCGCUAAUGACGGCAAAGAAUACGAAGAGGAAGAGGUAGUUCAAGAGUGUGAGCGUGCGUUAGCUAUGGAGAAUCCUGUAGAUCCUGCUGAAGAGAGCUUACAGGAUGAGAGUCAGCAAAAAAUUUUGAUAGUAGAAGCGCGAAUUGCGCACGCGCAGAGUGAGCUAAGGAGCUUGAUACAGAAAUCGAACAUUGCUUCGAUUUCUACAUGGAUGAGGAACUUAGGGACUGGUGAGGAGAAGUUUAGGUUGAUUCCUAUUAGGAGAGUGACUGAGGACCCAAUGGAAGUUAGGUUAGUUCAAGCUAGGAGACCCAAUGAGAUUAAAAAAGCAACCAAAACUCCAGAAGAGAGACGAAAAGAGAUUGAGGUUAGGGUUGCUGCAGCUAGAUUGUUGCAACAAAAAUCAGAGAAGGGACAGUUGCAACAAAAUAAUGAUGGGAAGAGGACUAUGGAUUCCGGUUUGGUAGGGACUGAGAAAAGAGAUAGAGAGAGGAGGAAGUUUGGAAGUAAUGUGCGAAAAAAUGGGUCGAAAGAGGAGAGGCAGAAUUUUGUAAAAUCAUAUUGGAAUUCCAUGAGUUUGGAAAUGAAGAAGGAGUUGCUUAGGGUCAGGAUUUCUGAUGUUAAAGCCCAUUUUGGGUCACUGAAAGAUGGCUUGGCGAGUGAGGUUUUAGCAGAGGCAUUGAUAUUCGCGGAGGAGAAUAAGACUUGGAGGUUUUGGGUUUGUUGUAGGUGUAAUGAGAAGUUUGCGGAUUCAGAGUCACAUAUGCACCAUGUUGUGCAGGAACAUAUGGGGAAUUUGUUGCCUAAAAUGCAAGCAGUCUUGCCUCAGAGUGUUGAUAAUGAGUGGAUUCAAAUGAUUCUUAAUUGUUCUUGGAAGCCAUUGGAUAUUCUAGAAGCUGUCAAAAUGCUUGCACGGAAUCAAUCAAAAUCCCAAGAUUCUGAAGUUGGUGAAGAUUUCUACUCAGGGAACCAUAAUGAGGAGUGUGAUGAUUGCUUCAAAGAUGCAUGGGAUUCUUGACCUGAGAAGGAAAAUUUAGGGGAUAGUUAUAAGUUUAGUGUUGUUGAGGGCAAUGAUUGUGAAAAAAAUUUGAGCAUCCAGUGCAAAGAAUGCGAUGGUAACCAAGGAUCUAUUGUAUAUCCUGUGAUUGAUAGUUGGCCAGUGUCUGAUGACACUGAGCGUGCAAAGCUCCUU